GGUGUCCAGCUUCUCCUCCGCCAGGCGGAACCUGCUUUUGGGCCCGGCGACCGCGAGAGAACUUUUUUCCCCCUUCCCAACGGUCGCCGCGGCCAACUGCCCCGCCCGCCUGGCGGCCCGCCCCGCCUUCCCUUCCUCAGCUCCCGGCCCCGCGCGGCCCUGUCUGCUGCUGCCCCCGCCUCCUCGCCGUCUGCCCGGCCGACCGGCGCGCCCGCCGCAGUGAUGUGCGACAAGGAGUUCAUGUGGGCCCUGAAAAACGGGGACCUGGACGAGGUGAAGGACUAUGUGGCCAAGGGAGAAGAUGUCAACCGGACGCUAGAAGGUGGAAGGAAGCCUCUUCACUAUGCAGCAGAUUGUGGGCAGCUGGAAAUCUUGGAAUUUCUGCUGCUGAAAGGAGCAGAUAUUAAUGCUCCAGAUAAACAUCAUAUUACCCCUCUUCUGUCUGCUGUCUAUGAAGGUCAUGUUUCCUGUGUGGAAUUGCUUCUGUCAAAGGGUGCUGAUAAGACUGUGAAAGGUCCAGAUGGACUAACUGCCUUUGAAGCCACUGACAACCAGGCAAUCAAAGCUCUUCUUCAGUGAUGGACGGAUGGACUGACAGCUCUGCAAGAAUGACUCUCCUGUGGCCUCACACUGCUGCCUGUCUGUCUGUCACUCUCUAUCUGCCAGCUUCUUUAGCUAAAUACUUUCAAAGGGGUGAGGGGGGAGAGAAAUUCAUAACAAUUCAGACUUCCAG